AUGACAGACGAGAUUCGAAGAGCAUUAUGCAAGCACAACAAGGAUAAUCCAAGUCUCACUCAAAAGCAAUUGCAAGAAUGGGUUCAUAGUAACUAUGGUUUGCAGGUGAGUCAAGCGACAAUAUCGAAUACAGUUAAGCGGUCUUUAGAGUAUCUCUCACUUGUUCCCGAAAGAGGCGAUGUUAAGCGACACAAACCGACAAAAUUUCCUGACCUAGAAAAAUCUCUCUAUGAAUGGAUCCUUCAAUAUCAGGAACAUGUGAAUAUGACAGGUGAACUAAUCAUCGAGAAGGCGAAAAAGUUCAUGAAAGAUAUGUAUCCAGUGGAUACUCCAGACUUUACUUUUUCUAUUGGUUGGCUUGGAAAGUUCAAAGCAAGAUAUGGAAUUAAAAAUUUCGGGCAUUUUGGAGAGAGUGGAUCUGUUGAAAUGGAGGGCAUGGAGGACAAAUUAAAAUCCACAAGAGACAAAGUUGAUCAGUUUGAAAUGAAAGACAUCUUUAAUAUGGAUGAAACAGGUUUGUUUUUUAGACUUCAACCGGAUCAUUCCCUUGCAACAAUGCAGCUUGAAGGGAAAAAACAAGACAAGGAAAGACUAGUUACGAUGAACUAG